AUCUCCCACAUUUUCAGCCAAUGGUAAGGCGAUUGGCUGUGCGCCAGUCGAUAAGCACGUCGUUGGAAGCAGCGCCUCACCUUGCCACACUGGUAUUACUGGAAACAAUGGCUGACCAAUCCGUGGAGGAGAAGAACCUUGAGCUCGCUGCCCUGCGCAAGAAGCGCACGUUCCGCAAGUUCAGCUACCGUGGUGUGGACCUGGACAAGCUCCUCGACCUGAACCAUGAGGAGCUCAUGGAGCUGGUGAACGCUCGUGCUCGCCGUCGCUUCUCGCGCGGCCUCAAGCGUAAGCCGAUGGCUCUGAUCAAGCGUCUUCGCAAGGCCAAGGCUGCUGCCAAGCCCAUGGAGCGCCCCGAGGGCAUCAAGACCCACCUGCGUAACAUGAUCAUCGUCCCCGAGAUGAUCGGCUCGGUGGUCGGCGUGUACAACGGCAAGGAGUUCAACGGCAUUGAAAUCAAGCCCGAGAUGAUCGGCCACUACCUGGGUGAGUUCGCCAUCUCUUACAAGCCGGUGACCCACGGUCGCCCCGGUAUCGGCGCCACGAACUCGUCGCGUUUCAUCCCGCUUAAGUAAGCUGUUUGAAAGGUGCACUGCAAGGCAGGUGAACGUCAUAUUUGAUAUGCUGUUUUCCCUGCUGCUCCCUUUGGGGUUGAGCCAUUGUAAUACACUCUUCUAACUUGGGAGUGCCUUCCCAGAAGAUAAUGUGUGGGUGUGAGUUUACUUCUGUCUUCUCUGUCUUACGCAGACCUGGAGCUUGGACUGGAAUCGGGUGCAAAGGGACGGAGGCCAGUGAAGCAAAACUCGCAAUAUCCAACGAUUCGAUGGUGGACAACAAUCUCUCUGAUAUUUGCACGUCAGUCUGAGGCUUUUCCGUCCAAGAACUCAGUACCAGUCCAAGCUUCCAGGUAAAGCUCCUGUGAGCCCUUUGCAUGUAGUGUAUAGUAGCUUGUCUGUUUGCCGAUGAUGACCAGUUCUCUCCUGAUCAAGGUUGAUGAAAACUUUUUAUAAUUCCAAUUGAUCCUACUGAAGGCAAACAGACAAGCGCAGCAAUAGCCAGGAAGAUUAGAGUCGAAUCAAUACAUUAUCCUUUGAAUAUGUUGGUC